AUGGCAGGUAUCGAAAAGUGGAUUGAAGAACACGAUGGGGACUUGUCUGAUGACAUUGAGGAUGAACAUCUCUGGCUACCAUCAACACUCCCUGAAAGCGAUCGAGAAGAAAUUUGUAGGAAUGAUAUUGCUCGCAUUGAGGCCAAGCUUCGCAAAGGGCAGUGUCGCGAUGCACUCGAUAAGCUCCGCAAGCAAUUACAUACUAAAUCUCAUUUCGUUAAGCACCGCAAUCUCGAUUUACGUGGACAACAAGCGAACACUCACGUGACUUCCUUUCUCGCUCGCUUUGACAGCAAAAUCAACGCUGCUGCUGCAAAGUAUUGUGUUGCUUGGUCAGCAUUGCUCGAACUGGUUGGGAUCAGUGAGCUGGAGAGGGAGAAGGAAUUUCAAUGUUUAGAGGCGAAGGAUAUUGUGGCACCCAUUGACACAAUGUUGGGUGUCAGGAGUACUACUGGAAUGCGCGGAAGGACAAGGUCUGAGCGAGACACAUUUCGUGGAUUUGGGCAAGGCUAUCAGACGACAUUGUGGAUUUGGCUUGCUUCAGGAGUUUGGGAUGAUGAAGUUGAUGGGGGUCUGAAUGAUGUGUUGCGUGUAGAAUGGGGAAAGUCUCACGCGCGUGCACAACGGUGGAAUGAAGAAGUGUAUCUUCUCAAGGAGGAAAUGUGGCAAACACGACAAUUUCUCGCAUGGCGUGCAAAAGAGUGGGGAUCUGUUGCUACCCUAUCGCACCAGGAUGCACAAAUCGUGGCUGGCGCUGCCGCAUAUGCGAACAGGCAGGCGGCAAUUCAGCGCGUAUUACUGGCUCAUUUCACUGUUCUCUGGGGCGCCAGAGUUAGCGCGAAUGACACAGCCGGUGAGGAUGAAAUAACCACAUAUUUCGCUGAAAAUGAGGAUGAUUUUGAUGACGACGAGGGGUAG